CUAUUCCAAACUGACGCGGGGGAUUUUGAGAAAGGUCACACCGGUUUCCACGUGGGAGAGUUUUCUUCAGCGCGUCUUGCAGAGACAACUCCUUGGCGCCGUGUUAAGACCUACGACCGGCUGUAACCAGUAAAACCGGUUGCCGUGGUUGCACCACUAAUAGAUUAAGAUUCCUGCGCCUUUUCCCUUUUGACCUUUUAACAUCAGCCAUCUUUCAAACUCAAAAACGUUCUUAUUUGUUUCUUCGUCUGCCUAUCUUAAAACUUAAUCGCGACGUAAAGCUGUCUUUUGAAAGAGAAGAAGAUACGAACGGCUUUUUGGUCUGAGCUGGAGACGGAUUCAUCUAAGUUUACCUUAGAUUAGGAAUAUGUCUCGGGCUGAGGAUCUAUGGGAGCGUUUAGUCCGUGCAGCAUUAAGGAGGGAAAGGACUGGGACUGAUGCAUAUGGGCGUCCUGUUGGUGGCAUUGCUGCAUUUGUUCCAUCGUCACUUGCAAACAACAGGGAUAUAGAUGAAAUUUUACGAGCUGCAGAUGAAAUCCAAGAUGAAGAUCCUAAUGUCUCUAGAAUCCUAUGUGAGCAUGCUUAUUCAUUGGCUCAAAAUCUGGAUCCUAAUAGUGAAGGAAGGGGGGUUUUACAAUUCAAGACCGGAUUGAUGUCUGUCAUUAAGCAAAAGCUAGCAAAGAGGGAGGUUGGAAUGAUAGAUAGAAGCCAGGACAUUGCUCGCUUACAAGAGUUCUACAAACUCUACAGAGAACAAAAUGAUGUAGACAAGUUACGAGAAGAAGAAAUGAAAUUAAGGGAGUCUGCUGCUUUUAGUGGAAUUUUGGGCGAGUUGGAGAGAAAGACAGUGAAGAGAAAAAGAGUUUUUGCAACCCUAAAAGUUUUAGGAACAGUUUUGCAGCAGUUGACUCAGGAAAUUCCUGAAGAGCUAAAACGGGUAAUGGAAUCUGAUGCAGCAAUGAUUGAGGACCUAAUAGCUUAUAACAUUAUUCCGUUGGAUGGUCCUAGCAAAACAAAUGCAAUUGGUUCUUUUCCUGAGGUUCAAGGAGCCAUAUUGGCAUUAAAAUACUUUAGUGGCCUACCAAAAUUGCCUUCAGAUUUUUCCAUACCUGUGACAAGGCAAGCUGAUAUGCUUGAUUUUUUGCAUUAUAUUUUUGGAUUUCAGAAAGACAAUGUUUCUAACCAGCGGGAGCAUAUUGUUCAUCUGCUUGCUAAUGAGCAGUCUCAGCUUCCUAUUCUCGAAGGGACUGAACCUAUGUUGGAUGAGGCUGUGGUACAUAAUGUAUUUGUGACGUCGCUUGAUAAUUAUAUAAAGUGGUGUAACUACUUGUGCAUUCAGCCAGUUUGGAGCAGUUUUGAGACUGUUAGCAAGGAAAAGAAAUUGUUGUUUGUUUCUCUAUACUUCUUGAUAUGGGGUGAAGCAUCCAAUAUCAGAUUCCUUCCAGAAUGCUUGUGCUACAUAUUUCAUCAUAUGGCAAGGGAAAUGGAUGAGAUUUUAAGGCAGCAGGUUCCACAGCCAGCCAACAGUUGCCGUUCUGAGAAUUCUGAGAAUGGUGUUUCGUUCAUUGAUAAUGUUAUUGCUCCUCUAUAUGAGGUGGUGGCUGCGGAAGCUGCAAACAAUGAAAACGGGCGGGCACCUCACUCUGCGUGGCGCAAUUAUGAUGAUUUUAAUGAGUAUUUUUGGUCACUCCAUUGUUUUGAGCUUAGCUGGCCAUGGCGCAGAAGUUCGUUGUUUUUUCAAAAACCAAAACCCAGGUCAAAGAAUAUGCUUAAAUCAGGCACAGGCACUAGUCAACGCCAAGGGAAAACGUCAUUUGUUGAGCAUAGGACUUUUCUUCACCUAUAUCAUAGUUUCCAUCGCCUAUGGAUAUUUCUUGUGAUGAUGUUUCAGGGACUCGCUAUAAUUGCGUUCAAUGAUGGACGUUUUGAUGCCAAGACCAUUCGGGAGGUUCUCAGUCUCGGUCCAACAUUUCUUAUAAUGAAGUUUUUUGAGAGUGUUCUUGAUGUUUUCAUGAUGUAUGGGGCAUAUUCGACAACACGACGCCUAGCUAUUUCUCGUAUUUUCCUCCGUUUUCUUUGGUUCAGUACGACAUCGGCUGUCUUAUCUUUUCUUUAUGUGAAAGCUCUUCAGGAGGAAAAUAAACAGAAUGGAAAUCCUGUUAUUUUCAGAUUGUAUGUGAUUGUAGUAGGCAUAUAUGCUGGUAUCCAAUUCUUCAUUAGUUUCCUUAUGCGAAUACCUGCCUGCCACCAAUUAACUAAUCAAUGUGAUCGCUGGCCUUUAAUUCGCUUUGUCAAAUGGAUGCGCCAGGAACGAUAUUAUGUUGGCCGUGGCAUGUAUGAGAGGAGUACUGAUUUUAUCAAAUAUUUGCUAUUUUGGCUUCUUGUUUUGGGUGGAAAAUUCGCAUUUGCUUAUUUCCUCCAGAUCCAGCCAUUGGUGAAACCAACUAGGGCAAUAAUACGUGAAUCUACUAUAGAGUAUUCUUGGCAUGAUCUAGUAUCUCAAAAUAACCAUAAUGCUUUGACUGUUCUUAGCUUAUGGGCACCAGUGGUAGCUAUUUAUCUCUUAGAUAUCUAUGUGUUCUACACUCUUGUAUCUGCUGUUGUUGGAUUCUUGCUUGGCGCUAGAGAUCGUCUCGGGGAGAUUAGGUCAUUGGAAGCACUUCACAAACUUUUUGAGCAGUUUCCCGGAGCUUUUAUGGACACACUUCAUAUACCUCUUCCCAAUAGGAAUUCCAAUCAGACUUAUAAUGAGGUUGUGGAGAAGAAUAAGGUUGAUGCUGCUCGGUUUUCUCCCUUUUGGAAUGAAAUCAUAAAAAAUCUAAGGGAAGAAGAUUAUAUUACUGACAUGGAAAUGGAUUUGCUUCUGAUGCCUAGGAACUCUGGAACUCUUCCUUUGGUCCAAUGGCCCCUUUUCCUUCUUGCUAGCAAGAUAAUUUUGGCUAAGGACAUUGCUGUUGAGAGUAGAGAUUCACAAGAUGAACUUUGGGAAAGAAUAUCGCGAGAUGACUCUAUGAAGUAUGCUGUUCAGGAGUGCUACCACACCAUUAGGCUUAUCUUGACGGAAAUAUUGGAUGAUGAAGGAAGGAUGUGGGUUGAAAGGAUAUAUGAAGAUAUUGAUGAAAGCAUCAGAAAGAGGAGUAUUCAAGUCAAUUUCCAACUGAAUAAGCUGCCAAUUGUUAUAUCAAGAUUAACUGCAGUAACAGGAGUUCUGAGAGGGGAAGCAUCAGAACUGGAGAAAGGUGCGGUUAAGGCUGUUCAAGAUCUCUACGAUGUUGUCCGCCAUGAUUUUCUUUCUGUUAACAUGAGGGAUACCUAUGACACAUGGAAUUUGCUGUCAAAAGCAAGGACAGAAGGUCGUUUGUUUUCAAAGUUAAAGUGGCCCAAGGAUGCGGAGUUGAGAGCACAGAUCAAAAGAUUGCAUGCUUUAUUAACCAUCAAAGAUUCAGCUUCAAAUAUUCCAAGAAAUCUGGAGGCCAGACGUAGAUUGGAGUUCUUCACAAAUUCCCUCUUUAUGGAGAUGCCUGUAGCAAAGCCGGUCCGGGAGAUGCUGUCCUUCAGUGUGUUCACACCUUAUUAUUCUGAGAUUGUUCUUUAUAGCAUGGAUGAACUCCUGAAGAAAAAUGAGGAUGGAAUAUCUUUAUUGUUUUAUCUCCAAAAGAUAUAUCCAGAUGAGUGGAAAAACUUUCUUUCUCGAAUUGGUCGUGAUGAAAGUACACACGAAUCAGAACUUGCUAGUAGUGACAGUGAUAUCCUGGAACUUAGGUUUUGGGCCUCUUACAGGGGCCAAACAUUGGCCAGAACUGUUCGUGGGAUGAUGUACUAUAGGAAAGCUCUAAUGCUUCAGACCUAUCUAGAGACAAUGACUUCUGGAGAUUUGGAGUCUGGAAUUUCAAAUAAUGCAAUUGAUACUCGAGGUUUUGAGUUGUCCCCUAAAACACGGGCUCAGGCAGACCUAAAGUUUACAUAUGUAGUUACAUGUCAAAUCUAUGGAAGGCAAAAAGAGGAGCGAAAACCUCAGGCUGCUGACAUUGCAUUGCUUAUGCAAAGAAAUGAAGCCCUCCGCGUCGCUUUUAUUGAUGAGGUUGAAACUAUCAAAGAUGGCAAAGUGCAAAGAGAAUUCUUCUCAAAACUUGUUAAAGCUGAUAUCAAUGGGAAGGACAAGGAAAUUUACUCAAUAAAAUUGCCUGGAAAUCCUGAACUUGGCGAAGGAAAACCUGAAAAUCAAAACCAUGCUAUUGUAUUUACUCGUGGAAAUGCAAUUCAAACCAUUGACAUGGAUCAGGAUAAUUAUUUUGAGGAAGCUUUGAAAGUGAGGAAUCUUCUUGAAGAAUUUCAUCGUGAUCAUGGCAUUCGUUCUCCCACAAUUCUUGGUGUCAGAGAACAUGUGUUUACAGGAAGUGUCUCUUCCUUAGCCUCAUUCAUGUCCAAUCAAGAAGCAAGCUUUGUAACUCUAGGUCAACGUGUACUAGCAAAUCCAUUGAAGGUUCGUAUGCAUUAUGGUCAUCCAGAUGUUUUUGAUAGAGUUUUCCACAUAACAAGAGGCGGUAUCAGCAAGGCAUCUCGUGUUAUUAACAUCAGUGAAGAUAUCUAUGCAGGAUUCAAUUCAACCUUGCGUCAAGGAAAUGUAACACACCAUGAGUAUAUUCAGGUUGGCAAGGGACGAGAUGUUGGGCUCAAUCAGAUUGCUAUAUUUGAAGGGAAGGUUGCUGGUGGUAAUGGUGAACAAGUUCUUAGUCGUGAUGUGUAUAGGCUUGGUCAGCUAUUUGAUUUCUUUCGGAUGAUGUCAUUCUACUUUACCACUGUUGGCUACUAUGUUUGUACUAUGUUGACAGUAUUGACUGUAUACAUUUUUCUCUAUGGGAAAGCAUAUUUGGCAUUAUCUGGAGUUGGAGAAACUAUUCAAGAGCGAGGGCGAGCUGAUAUUUCCAAGAAUACUGCACUUACCGCAGCUCUAAGCACACAAUUUCUAUAUCAGAUUGGUAUUUUCACUGCUGUACCGAUGGUUUUGUGUUUCAUCUUGGAACAGGGUUUCCUGAGGGCUGUUGUUAGUUUUGUUACCAUGCAGCUUCAACUUUGUUCAGUCUUCUUCACCUUCUCUCUAGGCACAAGAACACAUUAUUUUGGGCGGACUAUUCUUCAUGGUGGUGCAAGGUAUCAACCAACUGGUAGGGGAUUUGUGGUUAGGCAUAUUAAAUUUUCAGAGAAUUACAGGCUCUAUUCCCGCAGUCAUUUUGUCAAAGGAUUGGAGGUUGUGCUUUUGUUGGUAGUAUAUGUUGCCUAUGGAUACAAUGAAGAUGGUGCACUGUCAUACAUUCUUCUUACCGUUAGUAGUUGGUUCAUGGCAAUUUCGUGGCUCUUUGCUCCCUAUUUGUUCAAUCCUUCUGGAUUUGAGUGGCAAAAAAUAGUUGAGGAUUUCCGAGAUUGGACAAAUUGGCUACUCUACCGAGGUGGAAUUGGUGUUAAGGGAGAAGAAAGCUGGGAAGCUUGGUGGGAUGAAGAAUUGGCACAUAUUCGAACAUUUUCAGGAAGGGUUGCUGAGACUAUUUUGAGUCUAAGAUUUUUUAUCUUCCAGUAUGGGGUUGUCUACAAGCUAGAUGUGCAAGGAUCAAAUACAUCAUUGACGGUCUAUGGUCUCUCAUGGAUCGUACUAGUGGUUCUCAUAAUUCUUUUCAAGGUGUUCACCUUCAGCCAGAAAAUAUCUGUUAAUUUCCAACUUCUGUUGCGCUUCAUCCAAGGUCUUUCCUUCUUGAUGGCUCUUACUGGUGUCGCCGUUGCAGUUAUCUUUACAGAUCUGUCAGUUACAGACAUAUUUGCUUCCAUCUUAGCAUUUGUACCUACCGGAUGGGGAAUUCUUUGUAUUGCUGAAGCUUGGAAACCUUUGAUGAAGAAAUUGGGAUUGUGGAAAUCCAUUCGUUCCCUUGCCCGUCUAUACGAUGCAGGCAUGGGGAUGCUCAUAUUCAUCCCCAUUGCCUUGUUUUCGUGGUUCCCAUUUGUGUCCACAUUCCAAACAAGACUCAUGUUCAACCAGGCUUUCAGCCGAGGGUUGGAAAUUUCUCUUAUCCUUGCUGGAAACAAUCCCAAUUCUGGGAUAUAAUCAUAUCAUAUGUACCUCACAGGUGGUUUUUUUUUUUUUUUUUUUUUUUUUUUGGGGAACUCUUCCAAGUUCUUGCUGUAAUUUUGAUUUAUUAAUUGUAGGAAAUCCACUGUAUUAUUGUGAAUAGUUGGUGUGUAUCAUAUAAACUUUAUGCCUGCGGGCAGAUGUGUUAUUAUGGCUUAAGAGGCUUUGGUAUUUCCCAGCAACAAA